UCUACUUCAAUUGUUCAUUCUUCUUUUAAUUUUUUGGUGUAUGUCUAUUUUUACAUAAUAAAAACGUACUUUCCGAAGUUGUGCUCCAACCGGCAGCGACGCCCAUUUGGCCAAUUAAUCGAUUCGCAAGCGCAGCAGUGCUGUUUAAAGUCUAAUCCAAAAUGAGUAAGCCUGGUUGUUGUUGCAAGAGUGCCAAUGAAACGAGCCCAAAUUGUGUCUAUUGUCGUAACAAAAAUCAAGUAACUUAUGAUGAUAAUAACUACUACCAAAACGAUUAUAACAAUCAAAAUCAAUAUGCCUACGAUCCCUAUGGACAAUAUGGCUAUGGCCAAGGUAGCGAAUAUUCAUACGAUAAGGAUGGUGGUUACUCCACGGGCAGUCAGUAUAGCGAUGGCGAACAGGACAAUUCCAAUUGGGAUCUGGUAAAGCCUGUGUUGGUCUUUGGUGUCGGUUGUUUUCUGACCUCCCAAAUGGUGAAUGUGGCCAACGAGCUGGGCUAAGAGCAAAACUGCUCUGUAUUUUAGAUGUUUGGGUCUGUCUUUUUUUUUUUUUCUUAUUUCUUGAUGAAAUGUUAACCCAUUGAUCUUUCUACACAACUCAUACAAACACUGACGUAA